AUGCCCUCGGUCGCCCAGAAGCAGUCCAAGAGCGCGCUGGCGGUCGAGCAAAAGCAUCGCGAGCUCCAGCAAAAGUUCAAGGACAGCAACCAAGAUGUCAAGCACCUCCUCCGGCUCGCCCUCGAGCAGCUCGUCCCCUCGCUCUCCGAGGAGCUCGAGCUGCAGGACGAGGGCACCGCCCGCGUCCGCGCCUUUCUCGAGGACCACGCCACCCUCUUCCGCUUCUACCGCAGGUCCCGCUACGAUCACCACCAGGCGCUAGCCCUCCUCACCACCUCCAUCGCCUGGCGCAUCAAGACCGACCUCGACCUCCUCUCCAUCGCUUCCCUCCACCCGCUCUACGUCUCGCCGCCCGCACCGCAGCCACCCCUCUUUUGGGCCAACUCGAGCUUCAAGGACCGCUUCGGCAGGCCGUGCGGCGUCAUCAGCCUGCGCUGCGUCGAGCGCACCGAGCAAAACACCCUCGACGAGCUCAAGGAGUACAUCGUCGCCUGCAUGGAGAUCAUGCGCAGGUAUAUUGCCGACCUCAACGCCCGCCACCGCCACGAAAAGGCGGGCGCCAGCCGGACCGCGGGUCCCGCCGACGGCCAGCAUCCCGUCAUUCAGGCCGUCAUCGCCGUCGACCUGCAGGGCUCCGGCAUGGCCAACCUCGAGCUCGAGCUGCUGCCCUUCCUCCUCGACCUGCUCAAGAACCACUUCCCCGGCAUGGUCGGCGCCGUCUACAUCCUCCACUACGGCUGGGUCCACGCAGGCAUGUGGGCCGUCGCCAAGCGCGUGCUGCCUGAGCAGGCCCUCGCCCGCAUCUUUUUCCCGUCGCACGACGAGCUGCGCGACCACUUUGACCCGGCGCACAUCCCGGCCGCCUUCAGCGGCGACCUGGCCGUCGAGAUGGACGCCGCUUCCAACGACGUGCUGCGCAAGUGGGGCAGGCCAAAGAGGUCGCUCUCGUCGGCCUCGGAGCAGCCCACGCCCCUCUCGAGCCCGGACGUCACCCGGGCCCAACGCGGGCUGAGCCGCAACAGCUCGUACGAGAGCAUGUACGAGGUCUUCUACAGCGCUGCGGGCACGCCGUGGGCAAGCCGGCCCAUCACCCCCAAGCACAGCGGUCCGCCCACGCCACGCGGCGACCAGAGCCCUAGACCUUCGGGCCUGAGGAUGACGCCGAGCGCCGCCAGGAAGCUGCGCCGCCUGCAGAUGACGAGGGGCGAGCACCUCGCCCGGCAGCGCUCGGCGUCGGACCUGCGGGUCGAAGACCCCGCCGCAUUGGGUCUGACGGUCAACACGGCGGGCCUCUCGCCCGUCACCACGCCGUACGGGGGCAGGAGCCCCGCUGUCCACGGCAGCAGGCGGACAGCAGAGGCGAGGCACGUCCACUUUGGCUCGCCCAGCAGCCGCCGGUCCAUGUCGCCGGUGCGACGCAUCGGCAUGUCGCGCGGCUUCAACCUACAUAGCGCCGAGGACGGCGACGACCAGGAGGCCAGCGAGAGCGAGAGCGAUGCAAGCGGCAAGGACGGUGCCAAGCCGCCAGCCGACCCCUCGCAAGCGGCCGCGGGUGGCGAGGACGCGGAUCAGGGAGGCCUCCUCUCCCGCUGGAGAAAGGGGCGCCGGGCUUCUCAGUCGCGCGCCGAAGAGGAGUCGAAGGACCAGGCCGACGACGAGGACUGCGCGGGCGGCGUGACGACCAUCACCUACAUUGACCCGGGCUCGCCCCAGCUGCAGGUGCCGCUCCUCGGCGAGCCGCCCAUUUCGCGGUCGGCCGUCCCACAGCACCGCUUCCUCUCCCAGCGCAGCCGCCAGUACGAAGGCCGCGCGGGCCACGUCUCGCCCUACAAUGCCACCAACCCCUUCUUUGGCUACCCGGCCUACAUCAGCGCGCCCUCGCAGGAGACGGCGGUACCCGGCGACGCGCAACGCUUCAGCCUCGGACUCAGCACGACACCGCAACACCUCCACGCGCGGCGCCGCAAGCGCGACCUGAUGCGCACGCUGACGUACCUCUUUGUGCUGCGGCUGCUGGCGCUGCACCGCGAGAUCCGCUGGAAGCUCAUCGUCGUCUGGAAGGAGCUGGCGCGCACCCUGAGCGUGGCGGGCGAGGACCAGACCGACGGCGACAUGCUCUGGCGGCUGGCCGAGGAGCGGCGUCGAGCGCAGCGACAGGCCACAAGCGGCAAGGUGCAGCAGAGCCACUCUCGGCUGUCGCGGCUGCUACGCUCCAAGCUGGUGCUCUACGUGAUCGUCAUCGCCAGCCUGCUCCGACCGUCUUGGCGGGCGCAUCUGCUGGCGCAGGCGUCGAACAUCACCUCGCUCGUGCCCGUCAGGGCUGGCAAAGGAUCGGACAAGCUCGAGGCUCGGCCGAGCAAUACCACCGUCGUCGUGCACCGCACCGUGCUGCCGACCCCUGCCACGCACAGCUGGACGGGGCUGCAUAUCCGCGAGAAGCUGGGCGUCAAGUCGGCGGCCGGCGGCAACCCUGGCGGGCGCGGAACGCGGUCGCGUAACCGGGCGCUUGCUGCUGCUGGCGGUGCGCUGGCGCUGGCUUCACUCGGCCUCUACCUCUACAGGCAGAUGGGCAAGCCGGGCGGCGGAGGCGGCGACGACGAUGACGAUGGCAGCCGCCGUGAGCCGGACCCGUCUGGCGACCGCAACGUGGCCAAGGCGCUGAGCAAGAACGUCAAGCGGCCGACGAUGUCGCUCUCUCUGUCCCCGUCGUUUGACCGGUCGGACCCUGCGGCGCUAGAGGGGCUGCGCACGCUCCUGGCCGCCCUGGCGCCGAGCUACCUCGUCCACCUGAUUGUGCCUUCGCACGGCGACGAGGAGCUGGAGCGUUCGGUCUCUUCGCUCGCCGCCUCGCUGGGCGAGAUGACGGGCUUUGACGCGCGGCGGAUCCUCGAGUACUCGCGCCACGGCGGGCGGUGGGCGAUUCCGCGUGCGCUGGCUUGCGACUGCCACCUCGAGAUCCUGGUCCAGGCCGAUGCCGACGACGCCGCCGCCGGUGCUUUUGAGGAUGAGGCGGCCGAGGAUAGCGCGCUGGCGCUGACCGAGCUCGACCGGAUCCGCCGCAGCUCGGGCCUGGUCGUUGUCGCUGCGCUCAGUCAGCGAGCCGGUGGCGGAGCGGGAGCGAUCGGGGCCGAGAUCGACGCCAUCUUUGCGGGACUCCGGCAGCGUGCGGCCGAGCAGGGCGGCGCGUCGGCUCGGCUGGACGCGCCGGCGGGCAUGCGGGCCUACGACCGUCGACACGAGGGCGGCGAGGCGUGGCAGAUGGUGGCGGAACAGGUGCAGCUGCUGCGCGAGUCGUGGAAGUAG